GAAAGGGGCGUCGGAUGUUUUUUCGUUUUGUGCUAGCAUUACAGUGACGCUAACGGAUGGUCUGACUUGGAUAGGCUGAUUUUGACCUAUGUUUACAUAUUAAAAGGUAUCACUCGGUUAGGAAAGGCUAUUGCGCUGCAUGCUCACGUCCAGGACCCCGCGCUGCCCGCUGCUGCUGCUGCUACUGGAACAUGGACUUGCACAUUUUGGACCACAGACUACGGGUGACCAACAUUUCCAAGAAUGGAUUGGUACACUUCACGCACCCCUUGAUAAAACUCAUAUUUCUGCGGAACAGGACGAGAUGCAAGUUUUUCAGCCUGACGGAAACCCCAGAGAACUACACAGUUGUCCUUGAUGAAGAGGGAUUCAAAGAGCUGCAGCCCUCUGAACACCUGCAGGUUGAAGGCUCGAUCUGGCUGCCCCUCAAUGUGGUCUCCAACGGCAACGCUUCCAGCAGCUCUCAAGCGGUGGGAGUUACCAAAAUAGCCAAGUCCGUCAUCGCUCCACUCGCCGAGCAGCACGUCUCCGUAUUCAUGUUGUCCACCUACCAGACUGACUUCAUCUUGGUGAGAGAACAGGAUCUGUCUGUGGUGAUCCAUACUCUGGAGGAGGAGUUUAACAUCUACAGAGAAGUGGCUGGGGAGUCCAUGCCUGUGCAAAGUCAGGAUGUUUCCAACGGCCUUCACAAGAAUGGCAAAGAAGCCCUGCAUCCCACGGUCCAUCCUGUGCUGAUUCCUCAAAACCAGUUCUGUGUCAUGUCUCUGGACCCAGACACUCUGCCUUCCAUCGCCACAACACUUAUCGACGUCCUCUUCUACUCCAGCAGUCCUAAAGAAGAUGCUCAGUCUAAUGAAGACCUGGAUUGUAUUAAGUUCUUUUCAUUCUCACUCAUCGAUGGUUACAUUUCUCUGGUGAUGGACACAGAGGCUCAGAGACAGUUCCCUGCAGAUCUGCUCUUCACCAGUUCAUCAGGAGAGUUAUGGAGGAUGGUGCGCAUUGGUGGGCAGCCACUUGGAUUUGAUGAAUGUGGAAUUGUGGCUCAGAUUUCUCGUCCUCUCGCUGACAGUGAUAUCUCGGCGUAUUAUAUCAGCACCUUCAGCUUUGACCAUGCCCUGGUGCCAGAGGAGGACAUUGUCAGUGUAACAGACAUGCUCCAUCAUCAGAGAAAAGAACCGUCUUCCAGUUGAUGUCUUGAAGUUUGGUCUGACGUGAGCAGUGUGUUUCUUGGUUCGCUCAGCGUACUUGACUUGGCUAAGCUAACUGUGUGCCUAUUAGACAAGCUAGCUCUGUAUUGCUAGCUGUAGUAACCACUCUGAAGUCGCCAUGAAUGAAGACCAGAAGAUCUUCCAUGUGAUGUGUAUUUUUGACUGUGGGGUCUCCGUUACAAGUUAAGGGGGGAUGCAUUGGAACUAAGUGUGCCUCCUAAUGCACAAUCUUUCACACAAAGCACAACAAUUCUGUCUAUAACUUAUCAGAUUUUUAUGUUUUAGUAUUUCUAUUUUCAUUUCCCCAGAGCUAAUGUGCAUAUAUCUUCCAGUAUUGUUACUUUUUGAAACUGCAUCCUGCCAUAUGUCUUUAUAUCUUGUAUUUCUUUUUGUUGUUUCUGUAAACGCACUGACUGAAAGGUAGGCUACAUGUCUACUUUGCCCCAAAAGCUACUAAAACUUCAUAAAUUGGGUUUGCAUUCAUUUGGGCCAUGCUUUUAUUUAGAACGGUUGUAGAUUUCUCAAUGGUAGCAUUAUCAAAGGUCAUAAACACUAGGUCUUAGUAGUUUUUAUAAUUUGCACAAUAACAUUUUGGAGAUAGUAAAUUUUUUUUAUUUGGUACAGCUAUCUUUUUUACAAUUUUUAAGAAGGUAUUGUAUGCAGUAUUUGUAAUUUUAGGUCACCUCAUUCAAUAAAGAAACAUGACUUAAAUAAGUUUUUGUGAGCAAAAAGUGUCGACAUAACACUCAUUCAUUUUUUCCAUCAGAGUUUGAUUUUCUAGAAAAUGAUUUCAAAGGGAAAAUGGGGGGGUAAUUACUGGUUAAUGAUGACUCAGAUUUACUCCAAUUGUGAUUUCUUUUUUUAAUACGAGUGUACUCUAUUUGAGUAUCCAAAUCAAGUCUCGUCAUAAUUUUGUUUGUUUUUAUUUGUAUUUGUUUGUCGACAUUAUCAAAACAUGUGAAUUAUUUCUAUUAAUAUAUGUCCCUUGGUCUAGUCAUCAUUUGAGUUGCCUUAGGAAUUUAGCGUCAAGCACAUGCAACACUAGCAAAAUGAUAACUUUUUAAUGGUGACCUCAGUGAUGCGUUGGUUUUGUCAUCGUGUUACUGAUCGUCACAGUGGGAGGAAGAAUUACCAUUUAAAGGAAGUAUAAAUAAGACCAUACUGUUGGACACAGUAUUGUCAGUAUGGAUUAUCAACGGAACGGAGCGCUUACAUUUGUAGUUUUCACAGGGCUGACAUUGAUUCUUGUGGAGAUCCAGGGAACUCUAGUGUUUUCUGCAUCAUCUUCAAACCUACCGUACUCUAAUCAGAUGAACAUGGCCAUUAAUUCUUUACGUCUUUUGAAACACAAUACUGCCAACUUAUUUGAAGAAUAUAGGAGGUUUCAUGGUCUUACUCGGAACCCCCCAGUUCCUGCUGAGGUUCCGGAUGUCAUCAUAUAUGGAAUCAGUGCUGAAGAGAGACUGCAGAGCAUUUACAACAAAACACUGCUUUUCAAAAUGCAUGUUAAUCAAGUGCAUCUCUACCACCAAGAGAAUUGGGAUAGCAAAGAGCCACUACACAAGCUCUUGACUGAAGUCUCAGCCAGAUGUAGUCAUUUGGCCGCUAAUGUUCAGCAACUUCUCAGAGUCCUGGAGCCACAUGCUGCUGUGCCCCCCAACCCUCCCCCUCUGAAGAUGGGCCGCUUCAGUAGAUACAAAGCCAAAGUGUACGGCUGGGCUGUGCUGCUCCGGCUGCUCGAGUGGCUCACACAUGUGGAGCAGAUGCUUCUCACACUGAGAGACCUACAGUAACAUGGACCAUACUUGAAAUACAGUUUUUGUAUGACAGGAUGCACGUUAUGAAUGCAGAUCGGUUUUGCAAAUCUGAAAAUAUGACUGCAUAUAUCAUCAGAAAUUAUGCUUUAUACAAUUUAAAAGUACUCCUGAAUGUGUUUGAAAUAUGUGUAUUUAUAGAUUCACAUUAUAUUUAUUAUGUAUUGUAUUGUAUUGUAUAUUGUAAGAGAUAUAGAUUUUACUUCAUAUCAUAAAAAAUUAUGCUUUAUGGAAUUUAAAUUGUGUAGCUGCUGAAUGUGAUCUGGAAAUGUGUAUUUAUAGAUGUAUUUAAUAUUUAUUAUUAUUUUUAAGUGAUAUAUAUUUUAUUUUAACCAAAUAAAUGUUUGAACUAUAUUUGCAUAGUUUCAAAUAUACUUGUUUUGGUGGUGUUAUCCUUGUAAGGCAUUAUCAUUAUAAUUAUAACGAUGCUUUACACUUGUAUUGUACCUUACAGAGGCUAUAUUAUGAUUACAUUGUAGUAAUUAUUCAUUCACUCCACAUUCUGUGGUAGUAAACUGCUUAUGUAGCCUAAGGUGCCCUGGGGCACAUUGACAGAAAUGAGGCUGCCAAUCUGAGCCAUCGACCGUCAGCAUUUAACACCAGACAAGAUGGGUCUUUUGCCCAAGUCUCCAAUACUAGCAGAGAUGUUUCUGGUUGCAGUUUAUUAACCUAAAUUAAAAUGUAAAAAUAAAAAGAGCAUUGUAAAUACGUUUUAAUUUAUUUUAAAUUCUGCUGUACCUAAAUUGACAAAAGUUGGUCAUUAUGAGUUUGGUAUUUUUUAAAUUUUUUUUUUGUUUUUAAUUGAAGGAUGUGAGUCAGUUACAGAUAAUCUUAUCUUCAGCCUCGUCACACUCCUCUUUGACAUGCACCUCUAUAAAACAGUCUGACAUUGGGAAAGUUCUUAAUUCAAAAUGAAUUACCAAAAAGUUUUCCUGAAGACUGUUUUGCCCUGGAUGAUGAUCAUGCUACACAUUGUUGGUGCAAGACACUCAUCAAAAAGAAACACUGGUUUAUCGUGCAAACCCAGACAACUGGCUUCUUUGACCAAACGACAAAUGGAAAUCAGUUUAAAUAAGUUUGAUGAAGCCAAUGGUGAGCACCUUGGUACCUGGGUGCCAGGUUUCCCUGAGCUCACAGUGAAGCAGGACUCCUCUAUUGAUGGCGCCAAAGUACAGUGCAGUCUUCUCUUCUUAACUCAAGGUCUGGAAAGGAUCCUGGACGACCAGAAAAACGAUCUGAACCCUGAAGAUGUGUCCCUUCACGGGGUGCUGAAGGAGUCCAUCUCCAGAGUGAAUCUGCUGGCUGCUUGUCUGCGAGGCAUCCUGGGUGGGAAGUGCUCCCCUCUUCCAGCGCCCCCCGAGAUGCCCCCCACAGCCUUUGGGAAGAAGCAGUGGAGCCACACUCUGCUCACAGCAGGUACACAAUACCUGCACUGGCUGCAGCACAGGCUCCCAAAGCCAAGGUCCAAGAAGAGCUGGAGAGUCGACCUCAAGCGAAGAGCCAUCAUGCACCAAAUGUACAUAGAGGGAAGUGGUCAUUUUUUUUAACAACAAUCUGUUCAUGCUUUGUCUUUUUAACAGACAUUUGAAUGGGUGUAAAUGUCAGUUGAAAGUUGAAACUGUCUGAUCUAGUUUAAGCCUUUUUCAAUAAAAUGUUCUAUACAAAGUAUCAA